UUAAAACCUCCGGGACGACUCGUCGGGGCGGUGAAACCCCAUUGGUCACAUCCUGAUUGCGUGCACGAAGACGGAAGCGAGGCGUCUCUGUGAUGUGAUGAGAACAAGAUGAUCGCAGAUCUGCUGAUAUUCGGGACCUUACUGGUGAAUGCAGGGGCUGUGCUGAAUUUCAAACUCAAAAGGAAGGAGGCCCAGGGAUUUGGAGAUGAGUCCAGAGCACAAACAGGUGACAACAUCAGAGAGUUCCUGCUCAGCCUGCGAUACUUUCGGAUCUUCAUCGCUCUGUGGAACAUUUUCAUCAUGUUCUGCAUGAUCCUAUUGUUUGGAUCAUGACCAACAUUUUCGGAGACCAGACUCCCACAUUUUCAAGAUGGACUCUCUAAACUUGUCUUUGAUAGGACUUCUCUGUUCCUUUGGCCCUUUUUAACUGUAAUUAUGCUCCAUUUUUUUACCACCUCAAAUUCUAAAUCCGCUUCUGGCUGUACAAGAAUUUAUGAAUCGCUGUAUUUAUUUUGUCUCAUACAAAUUGUUACGUUUUUACUUUUUUUGGUUUAAGCUGUAACUAUACCAGCACCCCUGCCCUCUGCUGGACAUGUGUCAUCAAUUUGCACUUAUGCUUCAGUAUAGAAUAUGAGACGUUUUCUUCAGCAUUUCAGUUCGUUUAUUAAACAUAACAGCAGGGUUGAAAAUGAUGGGCAGCCUUCGCUAACAGGAAAGAAAAUGUUUUUCUGUGGCUUGUUAGCUGUCAGUCAUUUAAGGAUCGUGCUCUGUGUCUUAUGCUGAAACAUCUUUUUAUUUCUUUUACCUGCACAGGCGUCAGAAUUCAGCUGGAUCCAACAGACAAGCCAGAACCAUCUCUGUCACUUUAUGAUAUGAUACGAUAAAUGGCUCAAAUAUCUCAAAAUUUUACUUCUCUGCUGUUAUGUGGGUUGUGUGCAGCCUCUCAAAUAAAAAAAUAUAAUUUUCUUUUGUUUUAGGGCACGUGCUGUAAGUAAACGUAUAUGCACUAUAUUGUAAAUGUAUCCUCAUUCGUAACAAUAAAAAUGACAGUUUUCUUA